AUGAGUAGGUACAAUUCCGGCAUUGCCGCUGAAUUCUUCAAGCUUGAGCUACUGUUAAUGCAGACAGCAAAUGAUGCAGUCAAAUGCAUGGAGAUAUUGAAAACCAACCUAUCUGACUAUGAUAUUUACCAUGAUUUGAAUUACAUUCACACGUCGACGUCCUUCAUGAGAGACAGUAUUCAUUUCGCCGAACACGCAGCUUUAGAGUUAAGUCUCGUGGCUGAACAGAUUGCUAAGAGCAAGUCCUUGUCGGACUGGGAAAUUGCUGCAGCUCGCAACAAGAUGAGCGCAGCCUCGGACGCAAUGUCUGGUUUGAAGAAAGUAGCUCGCGUCUAUGAUGAGAUGAACGGAAAGUCAACGGGUAUUGCUCGAUUUAUCGACCAUGUGCUGAUUAGAAAAUACGAUACAAAGAAAACCAUUUCAGAGCAUAACAACAUGCCGCCUGAAUGUGCUGAUACGGUCGAAAUCGUGGUGAAAUCAACAUUACGCAAUGCUUUCAACGGAUUUUCAGCUCUAAAGCAUCAAAUCUCUACUGCCGAGAAGUCAUUGUUACCAUCACUCGUACAGCGUGCGAAGGAUGUGGUUGAGACUGUUGUGAUUAAGAUAAAAGGAGACGCCAACCCUCCUCGAAGCGCAACAAUGUAA